AUGCCUUCUGCAGAGAAUCCUACCACGUACGGUUUUAUUGGCCUUGGGCUAAUGGGCCUGCCCAUGUGCAAAAAUCUCGCCAGCAAGCUUUCUCAUGGCGAACGCAUCAGAGUCUUGGACCUCAACGAGGCAGCUAUGGAUCAACUCUACAACGAGUUUCCUAAGCAAAUCACAAAAUGUUCUUCGCCAGCUCAAGUUGCCGAGGGCGCUGAGGUCAUUGUGACUAUGCUCCCAGAGGGUCGUCACGUCCAGUCAGUCUACAUUUCGGGUCCCGAAGCGCUCAGCACCGUUUCUUUGAACGGGAAGCUCUUGAUCGACUGCUCAACAAUCGACACUGCAACCUCGCUCGGUAUUAAGGACUACCUGAGCACGGAAUUUCCCACUGCCUCCUUCUACGACGCUCCAGUCAGCGGAGGCGUCAUAGGGGCCGUCAAGGGAAGCAUCUCCUUCUUUGUCGGAUGCGAUGAUGCCACCGAUCCCAACUUUGCCACCAAGAUUCAGCCCGUCCUGCGCUACAUGGGUGGAAAGGUCAUCCCCUGUGGUGGGCCGUCACUGGGACUGACGGCCAAGCUCUGCAACAACUACCUCUCGGGCAUCCUCACGAUUGCGUGCUCCGAGACAUUCAAUAUCGGCAUGCGCGCAGGCCUCAACCCCAAGAAGCUAUACGACGUGCUGCACGCGGGUUCAGCGCAAAAUACUAUCGCCGACAAGUUUUGUCCCGUGCCCAACGUCGAUCCUAAUAGCCCGAGUAGUCACGGAUACACUGGUGGUUUCCGCAUGGCGCUGAUGCUCAAGGACUUUACGCUCGCUACGCAGAUGGCAGAGCGGGCGGGAGCUGAGAGAGUCUUGGGAACCAAGGGCUUGGAAAUGUAUAGCUUGCUGAGUGGAGAGGAAGAGUACAAGGAUUUAGAUGUGAGGGCAAUGUUUAGAUACAUUGGAGGGCAAGAGGACUGGGAACAACAGGAGGAAAGUCGGGAUGCCCGGAGUGUGGAAAGGAAUGGCAGUGGCACGAAUGGGCAUUAG